AUCAAUGAAUGAAACGUGCCAAAGCCAAUUGGCUGCAAAUAUUUCUCUAAGCAGGGAUAAUGCAGUCAUUUGGACAGAGUUUGAAAAGAAAAAACCCAUUGAUAGCGUUGAACCACGGGAUCAGACGAGUCACAGCAAAAAAAGAUGUAUAUUGGCUAAACUCAACAAGACACUGAUUUCCCUUGCCACGUGGCCUGUUUACGGAAUGAUAUUUUCAUUUAUACAAGUUACGAGAUGCAAUGUGAAUAACGGAAUGGAUUUUAUAAUGGCUCUUUGUAUUUUCAUGACUUUCGAGGGUUUCCAAUUAUUGAUUGCUUAUCCUCGGAAGCAAAAUAUCUCUGAACAAGUUCAACCCAUAAUGAGCAUGUUACAAAGAGCUCACUUCUUCACAUUUGUCGGAAUUACAUUGGGCUCUUUAUUAAUCCUUUUGGUUAUUAUUUUGGAUAAAAUAGACUAUCAGGUAAUUGCGAUUGCAAUCUUUACUUUUGCAAUUGCUAUGCUAACUCUUUGCGCAAGUAUUCGAGAAUACAAGAAGGAAACGUGGAUGUAUGGAUAUGAUUCAUCAUUAAUCCAAGUCUCGUUAAUUUGCCAAAUAUCUGGAGUAAUUUUCAUAAUUUCCGGGUGUUUCGGAAGGGAAAUGAUGGUCCUAGUCGGUUGUUUCCUAUUUCUAUACACCACUCUCCAAGUGCGAUUUUCAUAUUUCUACAAGAUCUCAGUUGAUGGGACAACAAGCAUUUUGACUUCAAAAUCAACACGCGUGUUUCUGAAAAAGUGGUUCGAAUGCAGUCUUCUAAUUAUUUGCUUGAUUUGGACACUGGUUAUUCUAGCCAGUCAGAUGAUGGAAGAGGAUACUUUUUUGUGCCAGAACAAAUUCUUCGCGUUUCUUAUUACAUUCUUCACAUUGAUGGUGUUAGCAUUGGUUUUGAGAGUUUCCUACAUGUACUACGUUUCAAAACAAGGAAAUUGUGAUCAGGGAGACAUUUACUACACUAAAUUUUGAUUUUUUUUUUUGGUUUUGGAAUCUUCUGUAAAAUAUGAACAUUAUAAUGUAUUU